UUUGCAAAGCACUUCACAUUAUCAUUUGAUCCUCUUAGCACCUCUGAGAAAUAGUUUCACUUAUUACCCCAGUUUAUAAAUGAAGUAAGUGAAACUUAGAAAAAUUGUCACUCUACUAAUAGUCACAAAGAUUUUGGUUUUCAGAGGUGAAAUUCAAACCUAGGUCCUCCCAUCUCAUUGGUCAAAAUUCUAUUUUUAAUCAGUAGAAACAAUUUUUUUUUUCCAAAAAGGAACCUACCAGAAAUAGCUUGGCAUGGUGAAUGGAAAACUAAUUUUCGAAUCAAGGAGACCUGGAUUUAAGUUCUGUCUUUGACACAUACUGGUUGUGUGAUUUUGCAUAAGUCCCCUAAUUUUUCAGUUCUUCCAAGGCAACCCUUCAAGAUUUCAAGUUGCAAAAAAAUGAUAGCAUAUAUUGAAAGAUGAAUUUUCUUCCUGGAAUUUUCUAUAUCAACAAAUUCAUAGGUCCAGUCCAAAACAAAAACCACAAAAACAACUGAUGGAUAAGGAGUGGGGUGGUGAAAGAAGUAAGGAGUGAGGGAUGAGAAUUACAGAAAACAAUGCAAAAGAAUUGGGAACUAACAAAGUAUCAUGUAACAAGUCUCAACACAGCUUUUGGAAAAAAAAAAACAAAAAGAAAAACAAGAAAUGAAACAGAAAAGUCCUUAAUCAUGAGUACUAAAUUCAUUACCAGCUCUGUCAUUGUGGGGACUAUCCCCUGAAAACAUUCUGAGCUUUCAUUGAGGAACAAUAAAGUUAAGAGUUAUUCAGAAUAUAGUUUAAUAUAAAUAAUAGAAUGUUUACCAAUUAUUUACAAAUUACAAAUAACUACAUAAAUUCUAUUCAUAAAUAGUAUAUUUUAUAUACAAUGUGAAUUUUGUACUCAUAUGGUAUAUUUUUAAAAGACAAAGUAAAUAUAGAGAUAUGUAAAUGUGUGUGUGUGUGUGUGUGUGUGUGUGUGGUUUGUUUGCUUUUGAUAUGGACUUGUGAUUGAUCAGCACAGGCUUGUAUUUCACAAUGCUACAAGCUACAGAAUAUUAUGAAGCCCAUUUACUAUCUCUGAUGGAAUUUACGGAUCAACAUUCUUUGUAGCAACUGGCUUUCACGGUUUACACGUAAUUAUUGGCUCUUUAUUUUUAAUCGUAUGCCUUAUCCGACAACUUUUAUCAAUAUCAGAGACUGGAGUGUCACUUAGAAUUUUAGAGUGGCCUCUUGGGCAUUGAAAGGAGUUAAGUGACUUGUCUAAGAUUGUAAAUCAAUAUCAGUAUUGUAUCAUAAAUCAAUAUAUAUCAGAUAGACUAAAUUAAAAUCUUCUGGAGCCUAAGGAUGUCCCUUUUUCUACUGUAUCUCUCUAUGUAUACAUAGUUGAGUAUAUAACACUUUCCUUUACACAUUGCACAACUGCUUGUGUGUGUGUGUAUGUGUACAUACACAUAUACACAUAUAUUUGUGAAAUAAAUAGCUCAAUAAAUUCUGGAUUGCAAAAUCAUAUUAUUUUCCUGGCCUGAGAAAAAAUAAAGAGACUUAGAGUUUCUUUGACACUAGAGUGAUUCAUUACAUAUAAUGAAUAAACACUCCUGCUUAAUUUAAUUAAAAAGAUGAGGAGCCAUGCAAAUGAUAUAAGGAGAGCAUAUAGACAGCUGUGCCAAAUCAUUGGCUUAUCAAUCUAUCAUACCUGCCACCCUAUUUAAAUCUGCCAGGAACUGUUCAUUUAAGUAUGCAUUUGCACAUUAAACCUCUUAUUGAUUCCAUCAUAAUGUCCUAAAAUGCUAUAAAUGUAAUGUUUUGCUGCACUAGUCGUGUUUAACUUGAAGAUUUUGACAUAUUCUUUGAGCAGUUUUAACCUUAUUUUAGAGAAUUUUUCUUCAAAACAAGGCUGUUGAAAUAAUAUUCAUAAUCUCAUACUUAAAAUUCUUUAAUCAAAAGCUUGAUGAGAAAGAGCUUUCUGCUUGGUAUUCUGAUUCUGUUUAAAAGAAAAGCCUCAUCUAGUAAAAUGUAUCCUGUGGUUACUUUUCAAGUCAUGUAAAUAUUCAUUUCACUCUUUUAUUUAAAUAAUACCUAGGGCUUAACAAUUGACAGUACAUUCUGAUCUAAUGAACACAAUAAGAUGCGAACAUACUAAGAGAUCAUAUUAGACUCUACUGUGAUACAAACAGAUACCAGGGAUCUUCUCAAAGAGAUUCCAAUCUACAUGGAGAUGCAAAGAGCAUAGGAAUUUAAGAAAAAAAGAUUCUUGAACAUCUAUUUAAAAAGGAAAUGAAUCUUUAAUUAAGGAAUAAAUCUGACCCGCCAAGUAGCAGAGUCCACACACAUACAUUUGUGCCAUUAAGUAUCCUCUUCCCCUUUUUCAUCAUCUGCAAACUGGGUUGACACUUUGCUCUAAGUAUUCAUAUGCAGAAUGGUAGGAUUUAUAUAAAAGCAUAACCUUUAAAAAAGCAAAAAUAAUGUUCAAUAUCUAUUUUUUUCACAUUAUAGGAAAAGGUUGAUCAGUGUAAGAUGGGCUUGACAUGCUAUCUGUAACCAAGGUUAGCACAUUUGGGAAGACAGCAGGAGUAAAAGAAGAAUUAAAUUCUCAGAACUGAAUAUGGUGCAUCUGUCUUAAGACAAAAUGAUGGGGAUUUGUCAGCACAUGUCAUAAGUAUUAUUUCAAAGAGAUGAAAGUUAAUGUUUUCUGUGGUUUGUGAAUAUUUUAAUUUUAAAAGGAAAAGAUUUUUUUUAAUGUGAAAUGCUUAUUAACUCGUCUGAAUUCCAGGUGCCUCAGAGACUGUACAACUUUUCACAUUGCAAGAAAAAACUUGCUUUAAGACUGUGUGCCUGUUUCUUUAUUGAUUACUGUUGAUUUUACCAUCUUCUAGGACAUUGACUGUCCUUGAGUUCCCAACCUGAAUCCAAGGACAAAAGUAAUUAUGGUGACAAAGACCAAUGCUGAUGGAGAGGAAGCUCACUAUUGUUCCCAAUCUUGUAUGUGAACUUCCUUAUAUGUAAAGAUUGCCUUUAUUGGUCUAUAACUUGUCAUAGAAGAAAGAGAGACAGAUAUACAGACAGACACCCAUUUUAAUGAAGAGGUCAGAAUUUGAGAAUGACAGCCAUUAUCUCUAGAGGCAGAAUUGCAUAAAUACCUUGCUGCCUCAUCACAAAGAUCUGACUAAUCCCUCAUUAUUUAGCUCUUAGUCACUGCAGAAUACUCAUUUUAAAGCUUUAGAAAGGUUAGGUUCCAAACAUUUGCAUGAUGUUGUCCUAUUGGGAACAGAUAUUACAGAAACCAUGUAUGAUAAUUCCCAGGGUCUAUGAGUUCUAUGGGCACAACACACGUCUCUUGUUUCUACUGUAAGAAUUAAAAAAAUUGUCCAUCUAUGUAUUGAAAUAAGUUAUUGUUAUGUCCAGAUAACUCCUCAAAGGAAUGUUGGAAAAAUCUCUACUUCUUCACUCUCUUGUACCUUGCUUUUGUCCAAGCUGUGACUGUCCAGGAAAAAAAUUAACAAGUAUGACCAACUCUCAUCAGGUCAUUUUUCCCCUCAUUACAGCCAUCAUGCUUCUGGCUGAGGAGGACAGGCUGGGGCAUCCCUUCAGAGCCCAUUAACAUCAAUCCUUAGUUGGCAGAGUGGUGCAGAAUUGAUGUUUAACACAAGAAACGCCCUCCUAGGAGCAGAGUGCUGCUUUCACAUGGUGUUGCCAACCCAUAGAGCGAGAGACUGGGCUCCUCCGGAGUCACAGUGUACUCUCUGUGGGGAACCGGAAGAGGAAGAGGGCGGAGAUCUGGUCCAGCCGGGGAUCAGUUUUCCAGGGCCAGCAGAGGAGGAACUAGAUCAGCAGUACUCAUGGUCACCAACCCAGCACUUCAAUGAAGAGAGAUACUCUCCUGCUCCUAGGAAUAUGAAAGGAUUAUCCAGUAGUCGAAAUCAACCACAGUUAUGUUCCGGUCAUACCUGUGGCUUAACACCCCCUGAAGAUUGUGAACAUACCCAUGACCACCUUCACCAUGGGCAGGAGCCAAGACAAUCGUACCUGCUUAGCCCUACAGAGAGCUGUCCCAUGGAUCACCAUCGCUGCUCACCACGGAGCUCCAUCCAUUCCGAAUGUAUGAUGAUGCCCAUGAUGAUGGGUGAUCAUAUGUCCAGUAGCACUUUUCCCAGAAUGCACUAUAGCUCACAUUACGAUACAAGGGACGACUGCGCCAUGUCUCAUGCUAGCACUAAAAUCAAUCGGAUCCCCGCCAAUCUUUUGGACCAGUUUGAGAAACAGCUUCCUCUACACAGGGAUGGAUUCCAUACUUUACAAUAUCAGAGGACUUCAACUGCUGCAGAACAACGGAGUGAAAGCCCAGGGAGAAUAAGACACCUUGUCCAUUCAGUUCAGAAGCUUUUCACCAAGUCUCAUUCUUUAGAAGGCUCUUCUAAAAGUAAUGUCAAUGGUACCAAGAGUGACAGUAGAAGUGAUGAUCAUCAUCAUGGCCAUCCUUCUAAACAUAGCAAAAGGAGCAAAAGCAAGGAGCGAAAGCCUGAAACUAAGCAUAAAUCUGGGAUGAGUAGCUGGUGGAGCUCUGAUGACAAUUUGGACAGUGAUAGCACUUAUCGAACACCCAGUGUGGUGAAUCGACACCAUGUAGAUCAUAUCUCCCACUGCUACCCCGAAGCUCUCCAGAGCCAUUUUGGGGAUCUCUCCCUAAAGACUUCAAAAAGUAAUAAUGACAUGAAAUGCUCUGCAUGUGAAGGCUUAGCUAUGACCCCUGAUGGGAAAUACAUGAAAAGGAGUUCCUGGUCCACUCUCACAGUAAGCCAGGCAAAAGAAGCUUAUCGAAAGAGUUCAUUGAACUUAGAUAAGCCUCUGAUCCAUCAGGAAAUUAAGCCUGCCUUGAGGCCAUGUCAUUACCUUCAGGUGCCUCAAGAUGAAUGGGGAGGGUACCCCACUGGCGGUAAAGAUGAAGAGAUACCCUGCAGGAGGAUGAGAAGUGGAAGUUAUAUUAAAGCCAUGGGAGAUGAAGAGAGCGGAGAAUCUGACUCUAGCCCAAAAACAUCACCAAAAGUAGCAGUCCGACCAGAGGCGUUGUUAAAGUCCAUUGGACAGAGACCGCUUGGAGAUCACCAAACCCAGAGCUACCUACAAGCUGCAAGUGACGUGCCUGGUGGUCACAACCUGGAUCCUUCUGCUAACUACAACUCUCCGAAAUUCCGCUCCAGGAAUCAGAGCUACAUGCGGGCAGUCAGCACUCUGAGUCAGGCCAGCUGCGUUAGUCAGAUGAGUGAAGCUGAGAUCAACGGGCAGUUUGAAUCGGUGUGUGAAUCAGUCUUUAGUGAAGUUGAAUCUCAGGCCAUGGAUGCCCUAGACCUUCCUGGUUGCUUCCGAACGAGAAGUCACAGUUAUCUGAGAGCCAUUCAGGCUGGUUACUCCCAAGAUGAUGAAUGUAUUCCUGCAAUGACAUCUUCAAACAUCACCUCAACUAUCAGGUCAACAACAGCUGUAUCAUACACAAGUUAUAAAAAGACACCACCACCAGUACCCCCUCGGACGACCUCCAAGCCUUUGAUUUCUGUCACUGCCCAGAGCAGCACGGAAUCUACCCAGGAUGCCUACCAUGACAGCCGGACUCAGAGGAUCCCUCCAUGGCCACAAGAUGGUCGAGGCUUGUACAAUUCCACAGAUAGCCUGGACAGUAACAAGGCCAUGAAUCUUGCCCUGGAAACAGCGGCUGCUCAGCGCCAUGCCUCUGAGAGCCAGAGCAGCUCAGUUCGAACAAGCGACAAAGCUGUCCUAGUGACAAAAGCUGAGGAGUUCCUCAAAAGCCGGCGUUCCUCAAUAGGAAUUCAGGUGGAAACAGCAACUGAUUCUGAUACGGAAAGUAGAGGUCUACGGGAAUACCAUUCUGUUGGAGUGCAAGUAGAAGAUGAAAAACGGCAUGGUCGGUUUAAACGUUCAAAUAGUGUAACAGCUGCAGUUCAGGCUGACUUGGAACUGGAGGGCUUUCCUGGACACAUUACUAUGGAGGACAAAGGUCUUCAGUUUGGUUCAUCAUUUCAGCGACAUUCAGAACCUAGCACUCCUACCCAAUAUGGCGCAGUAAGAACUGUACGGACACAAGGACUUUUCAGUUACCGAGAAGAUUAUAGGACACCAGUUGACACCUCAAACCUUCCCCCACCCGAUCCUUGGCUGGAGUCAUCUAUUGAGACAGUAGAAACUGGCAGGAUGUCACCUUGUCGACGGGAUGGAACAUGGUUUAUGAAACUACUGCACACAGAAACAAAAAGGAUGGAAGGAUGGUGUAAAGAGAUGGAAAGAGAAGCAGAAGAAAAUGACCUCUCUGAAGAAAUUCUAGGCAAAAUCAGGAGUGCAGUUGGAAGUGCUCAGCUUCUCAUGUCUCAGAAGUUCCAGCAAUUUUAUUGGCUUUGUCAGCAAAAUUUGGAUCCCAGUGCUAUGCCAAGGCCUACUUCCCAAGACCUGGCAGGAUUUUGGGACUUAUUGCAGCUUUCGAUUGAAGAUGUCAGCAUGAAAUUUGAUGAACUCCACCAGCUGAAGCUCAAUGAAUGGAAGCUAAUAGAAUCCCCAGAAAGAAAGGAAGAAAGAAAGGUUCCCCCUCCAGUACCAAAGAAGCCUCCAAAAGGGAAAUUUCCUAUUACAAGAGAAAAGUCUCUAGACCUACCUGACAGACAACGUCAAGAAGCCAGAAGACGGCUCAUGGCCGCCAAGAGAGCAGCCUCCUUUAGGCAGAAUUCAGCCACCGAAAGAGCAGACAGCAUUGAGAUCUACAUCCCUGAGGCCCAAACCAGGCUUUAAAGACAGAAUGCUGCAACAUUUCCUUUUUUAAAAAAAACAAACAAAAAAAGCUUGUACAGUUUGUCACUUAACCUGGUAAUUUCUGUCUCAUUUUCUCCACUGAAUAUGCCCUUGCUGUUGUGUUCUUCGUGCCAUAAGCACAGUGGAAUGUUUUGAUUUUUUCAAAGUUUGCCGAGCUCAUUGCAAGAAUGACUUCUUUUUGUAUUUAUUGUCUGACUUACAAUCAGCUACAAUGGAUAGGGCUUGGUGAGACCCGACUUAUCCAAUAUGUUCUCAGAGGACAACAAGAAACACCUCUUGAGAUGGAACCCAGCUUACCUUUUUUUGUUAUUUAUAUUUUUAUAAAUUGUGUGAUUAUUAGGGAUAAGAAUAACAAAUUAUAAAAUGGGUGCAUCUCACCAUCCACUAGAGGCAUUAGCUAACCAAGUAGAAGGUGCUACAAUGGCAAGUGCAUGACAGAAAGACCCCAUGUCUCUCAACUCCAGUUUUCUUUUCUUCCAGUCCAACUAAAUUAUUUGCCCAUAUACGCUGCCAUUCUCUUCAUCUUUGUUACUAUGGGAAAACAUUAAGCCUUUCAUGUAAUAUCAAGUUUUUGGAAAUGAAAAGGGAUCUAUCUAGAUGUUAUUCUGUACACAUAGACAGGUAGCCUUCCAAAAGCCCAGGAGUCUAGCCUUCUAAAGAUAUCUGGUAAGAUUUUUUUUUUCCAGGAACCAAAUCAUCAUUUUCCAAAAAACAAGUUUAAUUUUAAUGCAAAAAGACUGACAAACAAUGGGUAAAAAGACAGUGGGUAGCCUUAAAGCAUCUCUUCCAUAGCAAAACAUAAAAGCAAAGUUGUACUUAUUCCUAGGAAAUAGUUAUUGUCAUUUCAAUUCUUUUCAUGGGUUUGUUUUUAUCAUUCAUAUUUAAUUUUAAUUUCACCAAUUAUAUUACAUGUGAUAGGUCGUUUUCUCAAACUGCUGUUAUCAGUUAAACUUCCAGGGUAUCCUUGAAAAGAAAAGUUUGCUUGUUUAAAAUGCCAGUUGUGAUGUUGUAACCAGUUUAAGAAGUUUGAAUGUGAGUGGUAAGUAUAUCUCAGUUUAAAUGGUAAAGGUAAAAUGUAGCUUACAUUUGAAUUUUUUUUUUCAGAACUCUUUUUCCUAUGCAGUAUCAGCUAAGGCAAGUACCUUGCUUAUAAAGACAUAAAGAAAUUAAUUCAAGAAUUAAGGGAUUUCCAGCUCUGGAAUUUAAGAAGCAUUAGCAUGUUUUAUGACACUGACUGACAUGAACAAAAACAGGAGAUAGUUUAGUCAAGUAGCUUUCAAUCCUGAAUUAAGUUUAGAUAGUUUUCUUUAUUCCAGCUUCCCACUGGAAAUGAGGACUUUUAACUUACAGAUUUCUCUCUCCAAAGGAAGACCCCCAAAAUAUAUAUAUAUAUUUAAUGGAGCCCAAUCUCCACAUGAAUUAAGUUGAAAUGCAGGAGUAUUUAUUCCAGCUUCCCACUGGAAAGUGAGUGUCCUAAAUCAUAAACUCUCUCCAAAGGAAGACCCAAUAAGGUGGAUCUAAUAGAUCCCAGUUUCCUCGGACUUUGGAUGACUCCUCUAUGUUAAAGCAGAAUGGCAAUAUAUGAAAGAUAUUUUGAACAACUAUCAUGUUUUCUGUUUACCUGCUUUAACAAAUACCAUGUAUUUAGCCAUACACAGAACAGCUUCUCAAUUAUACUAUAGCACUUUUUUAUUGUGGGUUUUUUUUCCACCUUGAUUAGCACUUUAAAGAAGUACUCAGCUCACUCUGCAGCCUGCCACAUUACAAGCAUUUAGUAGCAAAGGUUGCAUAGCUUAUAAAAAUUUAGACAUUGAUUAACAAUUAAGUUUUUCUUUGUUCUUUUGGGCUUUUUUCUUUUUGUUCCAAAUAUGUUCCACCUAGCAUGAGAUCCAUUUGGAGCACAGUUGAUAUUAAAGCAUGUUUAGCUUCAAAGUUUGAAUUUUUAAAGCUGAGUAGUUAAGGAUUUCCUGUAAGGCCAAAACUCUGUAAAUUGAGCCUCAUACCUGGUAUAUAUUUUACCAAACAGCCUUAAACAAUAUUUGGAAGCAAAAACCAAGACGAAUGUAUAUCCUUUAAAAUAAUGCAAAAAAUCCCUUACAUAUUCUUCUAUAAAUGAAUAUUCUAUCCCCAGAGUGUUCAAAGCAUUUUCUAUGUAAAGAAAGAGCUGAAUCCUGGGUAGUGUACAAUACUGAUGCUGCUUCCUAUACUUAUUGUAACUAUACUAAAUACAAAUGUAUUUGCAAGUAUUGGCAUUUUAGUCUUUUAAAAUGGUAUUAUUUAAAGUUAAGCUGCUAUUUAGAAAUAAUCCACAGAGAAGCAAAGCCAGUGUAUUUCCUAGGUAGGGGAAAAGUAAAACAGAAUUGCACGCAUACAUGCAGACCUAUGUAUAAUUACUGGCAGCUGAUAUAUUUUGCCUAAUGUCCUUUAAUAUAUACAAAAUAUAUAAAGGUAAAAUAUAAAGAUUAGGUCAUAACUAUUAAACUUAGAUCCCAGAAGAAAGUACAAUUAUGACUUGAAUGAAGUUAUUCAUCAAAUUUAGAUUCUUUUUUGGUAUUCAGUGUCUUCAUUCUUUGAUUUCUACCAUACCUCCUUCUUCCUACACCCAUUCCCCAAAAAAGAUGGUAUAUAAUAUAAAUAGAUUAUAUAUAUAUAUAUAUAUAUAUAUUUAUGGUUAAACCAUCCUGUGGAUGAACAAAUAAAACCCCACUAAAUUUUACAAUGGUUGUUGAUUGAUAUGUUAAGUAUGCCUCUUUGGAGAUGUAUAAUUCCCUCUUUAGUCCACCUGUGUUCCAAAGAAGAUUAUUUGAAAGCAGAUGCCUGCUGUGAGAUGAUAAAAUUUUACCUGUUCAUGAUUCACAUCCAAGUGCAAUAUACUCAACUUGUCAUACAGGUGAUAUUCUAUCAACAAAAGCAGAAAAGAAGCCAUGUUCAUUUAUGUGUUGUCCGUUUCACCAAUUAAAGAGAAAUAAAGCAAUCUUUAUAAUACUUGUGUUAUAAGUCAAUCAAGCCAAUUUAUUUCAAUCACUUCUAGCAAAUAAUAAUCACAAUCAUCACAAUAAGCCUAUCAUAUACUGUAAUCCACCUCAUCUAGAGUGUACUUUUAAUUUAAAAAAUAAUAAGACAUGGAAUUGAGUGUCUAAAACACAGUUGAAAUUAUUGGCAUAAAAUGUUCCAUGAACAUGAAUUUGAUGUUCUCCAUAAAAAGAUGUUCUCUUUAAAAAGAUGAUGUUCUCCAGAAAAAUAAUUUGAUGUUCUCCAUAUGUAUAUAAAUGGACAUAUAUAUGUGCAUAUACAUAUCAUAAAGGUAUUAUUGAUCAUUGAAAAAUUAAUAUUACUUUGGGAAUUAUAUUGCUAAAAAACCAUAAACCAAUUAAUUGAUCAGCUGUAAAAUUUCACAUUUAAAAAUUUAGUAAUGCAAAGGUUUAUUAGUUAAUUGUAAAAAAAAAAAAAACAACCAAAAAGAAUAAAUAGGAAUCAAAAAUUUGACCUUAACCCAGAAAUAUUUUUAAGAAUUUAUAUUUGCUUAAAAAUACACUGUUUUCAAUGCAAUGAUUUCUUCUUUGUAUUUCUUUCCUCCCUCACUCACUUCAUUAGAUGCAAUUCUUGUCAGUUAAGAAUGUUACCAUACUUUACUCCUCUGCAAAUUUCCCAGGAACCAAUGGGCAUAAUUGGGCAUUAAUUGGGCAAUAUGUAAACAAAAUGACAUACUAUUUGAUAGGAAAAUAUCUAAUUUUCAAGUUCAGAUGCAUUGAAGAUUUUGCACUAAAUUAAUUUAAAGUACAUUUAAGUGACUUAAUUUUUAAACCUCCACCCAAAGUAGUAUAAUCUACUGUUAACUUUAAUAUCUUUUCUUUUAAUAUUAGUAUAAAGAAGUAGAUGAAAUUCCACCUCAUUAGUUUCAAUGGGUAGAUAAAAUUUAUCAUUAAAAAAUUAUAUGUUUCACAUUAUGUGCACAGAUAUAUGUACUUUCAGCACCUUCUUUUGAUAUAUAUGUCUCCAUUUUCCUGUCUUGAUUUUUCCCCUUUUCUGUCAUUCCUCCAAAGGCAGAAUCCUAUACUAAUUAUGAAUUUUGGCACCUCUACAAUUCUCAUUAAGUUUCUGUAUUGUUCUGUUUUCAUGAGGUAUCCCCAUGAUGGAUAAACUGAAAAAAAUGUUGACCAGUAUCCCAGACAAACAAUUGGCUUACAUCAUUCAUGAGAUUCAUCUAGUUUUGGCCAAACUCUUAUGUCUGAGAGUCUUGUCCAGUAUUCUGUGCCUGCUGAUAGAGAUUUUAAUAAAUCCAAAUGAGGCUCUGAAAUAUUUUAAUGGGGCUUUGAAAGAAUGCAUGUUUUGUGGGAAUAUCUCUCAAAGAUUUGAGUAACUAUGCACACAAGGAAAUAGGCACAAAUAGGCAAAAGAAUACAUUUGUGAGGCCUAAAAUGAAAUUCAGGAAUAAGAAUGCUUUAGAGAAUUCAUGACAUCUUUCCAGAUGAUGACAAUUAAUGCCAUGUCCCUUACUUCACACCAGGAAUCUUGCAGCUCGGAAAAGGUAAAAAGUAAGAUGGAAGUCUAGAACUAACCUUCAUCAGCAGGCCAUUCUAGAGCAAAUGUAGCAGGUGAGUUCCUAUAUUGGGCUCUCCUCAUGCAACUUUCAAAAAGUGAAAUAUAAAGAAAUAUAAGUGGCAUAGUGGACUUGGAAUUCUCCAAGUUCAAGGAAGACCAUGUUCAAAUCCUGCUUCAGAUGCUUUCCAGCUGUGUAAUCCUAAGCAAGUCAUUUAACCUCUCUAUGCCUCAGUUUCCUGAUCUGUAAAAUGAGAAAGUUGGGCUCAGUGGCCUUUCUGCUCUAACUCUAUGAUCUGUUACAUCAUUGUUCUUCUGGAGAGAAGACUGGUUAUUGCAUGGAUAGGAAUCCAGAUAUCUUUUUAAAAUGUAUGCAUAUAAUAUUUAUAUAAGGCAUUUCUGUCUACGUGUUUAAAUUGUAUUCAUUUCACAACUUAAUCUGUCCCCAUCAAAUCCUUUUGCUUUCUGUCUUUCGCAACAAAUUGAACACAUCAGGUGUUAAGAAAUCAAGAAGUUAGGGUCAGUUAUUCUUAAAUAUAAGGCAUAUAUUUUCCAAGGAAAUUAUGUUACCAUAUUUAAAUUGGCAUUUUAAUUAUCUCUUUCACAUUUUUGAACAAUAAUUUUUGUGUCAAAUCUCACAGGUCUAAAUUACUAAGUCAAAUCGGUGUCUGGUACUUUAAGUAACUUGGCACCUUCAUAAGAAAGAUAUAUGGCCAAUUGCAAUUGUACUAAGUUUAUAGUUUCAGUAAGUUACAAGUAUUAAGACAAGUAACCUUUGUAAAUCUAACUUGAAAGGACCUUCACACAAAGGGGUGCCUGGAUACUUUGAAAAUUGAUAAAGAGGGACAAGUACUUAGUACUUGUUAGUUAGGCAACCUAAUUUUUAGUCUCACAUUAAUCACUAAAUCAUCAUGUAAAAUCAGGCAUGGGUAUAUUGUGUCUUAGUUUUCUCAUCUGUAAUGUUGGAAGAAAAACAAUAAUAAUACCUAUCUCUUGCCUAGCUCACAAAUAUAUUAUGAGGAUUGACAACAUAAUGUUAAGGUAUGUUGAAGGUAUGCUGAAUUAACAAGAAGCAAGUGAUAAAAGUAUAAUGUAUUGUUAUUAUUAGAUUAGUUACCAAAUUCUAGAGACAUGAAUAUUAAGGAGAAUCAUUAACAAUGUUGUUCUUCUUUAAUGGUUUACAUCAUUCAUAAUGUGAAAAUGCAUUUUUUCAACAGUUUUAGAAACCUGCAAAAGACCAGAGCAUGUGAUGUCUCAAAAGAGAAGGAAGUAUUGGUCAUGUGUACUAAUUCUGACCGCAUGCUCUACUUUGAAAUGCUCCCUCAGCAUUUUGACUUGCAAAGAGCUCACAAAACAGCCUCUCAGUGGGUUGGGAGGUGGGGAGAUAACUCAAGAAAAGUGGAUUUUUUUCCCCUGUGCCUUUGGCUCCUAUGUUUCUAGAGUGUUUCCAUGAAUAUGGGCUAGCCACUAGCCCAAAUUAGACUUCAUUCAAACAACAUUUGAUCAGCCCCUUAAAUUUGCACAUUUCCAGGAUGAAUUCAAGUAAAUAUUAAAGAAUGAAAGAAAAUCAAUGUCAGAAAAUAGAGAACCAAGUCUAUGGGGUGUGUCGUAAGUAAAAUUAGAUACAAUUAUCAACAUUACCUUGGUAUUUCUGAUAAGAGUUUUGGAGUAAAACUCCCAUUCAGCUCUAGUUUGUAGAAAUCCUUAAUUUCAUGACUCAGAGAAACUAAUCCAUGGCAACACUCCAAGAAACAACCACCUUGUCAUGCAAGUGGUCACUGAGAAAUGUCUAUAAUUUAUAUGACCUGCUGUCCUGGACCUUCUAUUUGUAUCCAGCUUUAAUAAAAGAAUUACAUACAGUUUCAAUGUAAACAUUUGAUUAAUGACAUUCUCUGCAAAGGAAGUAUUAUAGACAUAAUAGGAAAUACUUUUAAGAAAUAUUUUGUAUCUACACAAACAAAAGGAACACAGAGGUUUACCUCCCUACUUUCUUAUAUUUUAUGUGACUCUUCAUUAUUGGUGCUGAAUCUGAACCUGAAAGAUUUGAGUCAAAUCUUUCAUAUAUCUAACGAACAAGAGGAGCUAUUGAACGAUUACUACAAAGUUUCUUGAAGUACUAAUUUAUCCUUCUCAUGGAGACCAUAAUCACCACAAAGCAUAACUUUCUUGUCUACUGAAACACACCUGGGGAAAAUGUAAACAUUACUUGUAAUUACCUAUGGAUGCCACCUGUUCAUGCUUUAAUUUAUCUCCAUUGUUUUAAUAUAAUCAUAUCACUUUUAAAGGGCUCAGCAUGUAUGUAUCUUUCAUUCCACUUUAUAUACUAGUUUGCUGAAUUAACAAGGUUUCCCUUGCAAAUAGUGCAAGCUAGACUACUUUGGAAUUCUCCUUUCCAAAAAAAUAAGCCACUCUUCCCUGUACACAUUCUUCCUGUACAGAGGCUGAAUUCAUGCAUCCAUCCUCCAUCCUCCAUGCCAAAAUACUCAAAGGUGGCCUAAGGACUAAAUUAAAUGCCUCCUAUAGAAUUUCCAGGAAUGUUAGAACCAGGAACUAGUUGUUUAGUUAAAGUUUUUUUAAAAAGUAUAUAAAUAUAUAUAUAUAUAUAUAUACAUAUAUACAUAUGAAAUCAUAUCAACAAUGAGGAUGAACUGAGUGCCAAAUAGCCAACAUCUGUACAAAGUCACCUGCCACUAGAGUUAAUUAUUUUAUGUAAUUCUCUUUCACAUGCUUUUCAGAUUCUUUUGAUAAAUUCGCUUUAGUAGCAUGCAGGAUACUUACUCUGAAUGUACAGUAAGCUCUUCCAUUACCACCAUACUUUGUGCUCCUGGGAAAUAACUUCAUUACCAGAAUGUUGGUCAUUCCUUUAAAACACCGAACAAUUGCUUUUAUUUGAGUUGUUUUUUCCCAUGAUCCUUUGUUUACUCUAAGCUGAUUGUAAGGAAAAUGUGCUUCACUAUUGCUCCAGAACUCUUUUAUGAAGCUGCUCUUUCAAUUGAUUUCUGUAUUGCUUAUGUUCAUCUCCUGUAAAUAAUUCUGCAAUUAAAUUUUUUGAGAAAAGUA